CUUGAAUUAAAAAAAAAUCUUCACUUAGGAUUGCACAACAUAUUAUUAAACGUGUUAUAUUCUGUAGUAAUCCAGUCUUUGUAUAAAACAAUAGCAACAAACGUGAUGACAUCUGAAAAACAAUGGAAUAAAAAAACACUUUAACAGUAAUCCUUGGCCUCUGGGCAGUUCCUUCUACGGGUAGUGCGCAAAACUAGCAGGAAAAAACGUCUAUUAAGUUUCUCGGAAAAACCCUGGAAAGCAAGCUGCAUUUGCACUGAAAAUGUCAUCAUUGGAGAAGUUCUUACAGUAACAACAAUUUCUUGUUUCUUUAAAGAUAAUGAACUUGCAGUUUCAGCCCAGCCUACUCUCAUCCGGCAGGCAUAAACAUAGUGGUUAGAUCUAAUGCCGUUCCAAAUAAAGAUGAGAACUAGUACAAAACCCUAGUAAUAUGCAGUAAAUUGAACUUCUCCUAAAAGGACAAGUCAUAUAAGAUUCCUCAGUCUACAACUAAACUGGGAUUGUGUGAUGGGAGAAAACUGGGAGGCCGAGGAAGAGAUAUCCCAUUGCAGAAGUCAGCAAUAUCGACCAGUCAACAUAAAUCGUUAUGCAACAAAGAAGACCGCUGCACAAAGCAUGCUGGAUGUUGCACUGCUGAUGGCCAAUGCAUCCCAGCUUAAAGCUGUAGUAGAACAUGGAUUUUCUAUGUAUUACACCCCACUCGUUGUUCUUAUUAGUAUGUCUCUCGUUCUACAGAUAGUUGUGGGUAUGCUUCUUAUAUUUAUUGUGAAAACCAAUGUUAAUGAUGCAGCUAAGCAGUCCAACCUGAAUUUACUCAAUGACAUCACCACAGGCUUUGUGCUUAUGAUUUUGAUAAUAAACAUAUUCAUAACAGCAUUGGGAGUCCAACUAAUACCCACAAAAGAUCUUUCUUCAGUUGUAGGUAUCACAGUGGUUUUUAAUGCAUCUGGGAAGACUCUUUAAACUUCAUGAAGAUGUUCUGACUGAAGAAAGUAGAAUAACUAUUGCAUUGCUACAGAUACAAAUGUGCAUUUUAUAGUCUAAUAGCCAGUAAUAAACCUAUCUCAAGACAUUACAGAACAAUGCUUUAAGAAGUACAAACUAUGUUUUCAUAUGGACAAAACAUUGCUGGCAUAUUCCUUUUAUUGAUCUGCUUCUAAAUCAUUUGGUUAUUAGGUUACAGGCAGCCUCUAUUGAAAAAAAAAAUGUUAAGUAAUCAUUUGCUUAAUUUUAAAUAUGUUUAUAUACUUUGGUGCUCUUAUACAUACAAACUCACUACCAAACAGGAAUGUGUAAAACUAACAUGAGAUGUUAAAUAAUUGCUACUGUUACUCAACUUCAUUCACAUACACUGAAAAAUGAAACAUCAUGCAAUGAAUAUAAUAUCAAAAUAAAACAGAUUUUAUGUUACAAACCCCUUAUCAAGAAGAAGAACAUGUCAGAAAGGAAAGGCACAUAUGCCUGCAGGACUUGUAACUUUUGUAAAUAUAUAUGUAAUGGUGAUAUAUAUAUAUAUAUAUAUAUAUAUAUAUAUAUAUAUAUAUAUAUAUAUAUAUCUAUAUACACCCUACCACAAGACACAUUUAUACUUUCCAUUUUUAUGCAGACUGCAAAAGCAGUAAUCUUGUCUAUCUUGCAUUCUGUGUGCUCUGUAACAGCUACUAUGUGGGUAAAACAAACAGAUGUCUGAAGGACGAGAUACAUGAGCACUUAUACAGUAUAAGAAAACAGGAUAGUAGGAAUGCUUUAUAUAAACGUAUUAAAAUAUGGUACUUCUCACCAGUUGAAAGUUUUAGUAUUAGAGUUGUUUUAACUGUAAUAAAAGGGAUGGUAACAUUGGAACUAAGAUUGAAUGUAUAGAAACAAAAUGGAUUUUAGAAAUGUAGGCUGAUAAAGGGAUUGGUUUAAAUGAAACUGUCCCCUUAAGACCUUUACUGAAGGCAUGUGACUUGAUGAGGUAACAGUGCAUAUCUCUUUUUAAAUGUUAGUUUGUGUAUUACUGGUUAGAUCUGACGAAGUGGCUAAUGAAAAUAGACUGUGAAAGUGCUUAUCUCUGUUUUUAACUUGUUUUUAAACUUGUUUUUCAAGCAUUAGACCUGUUUACUUAUCUGGAACAUUUGGAAGUUUUUUAUGUGUUUAACCAGGACAUUUUGCUGUGCUUUGCUGUGGCUGGCUCUUUCAUUUGAAUUUAAACUUUUCCGUAUGAUUACCAGCCUUCACCUUGCAUCUGGUGUUUUUCUGAAUGAAUAUAAUAUGUUGGAGUCUGCUAUGAUAAUAAAUGAAACAUUGUUUGCUGCAGCUAAAAUAAAAGUAAAUGAGUCACUGAUACUUUUACAUGAAAUGAAACCAAAAUUGUGCUAACAUAACAAUAUAACCAAAAAAAAAAAAAAAAGUUGCCAAGUAUUAAAAUGGGUAAGAUGGAACACACACUUCACUCCAUGUGAUGUCUGUUCCCAGACAGAUGGAAUUGCAUAGUGUCAGCUAUUUUAUUUCCUCUUAACACAUCACUAAUUCUAAGCAGAAUUUAUCUCAGGACAUCUAGUACUCAACAUGCAUUUUAUUAACCUUUGAAAUGUUUUAACAGUGCUAAAUGCAAUUUGUCUCUCUCAAUUUAGAAAAUGCAUAAAAAUGUAUUUAAAAAGAUAUAUGCACAUUAUAUACUUGUAUAAUAACAUGCUCAUUAAUAUCUAACAGCUUCCCUCACAGAUUUUUAAUUUAUCAAAACAAAUUUACUUAUUCAAAUAAAGCAGUAGUUGUAGCUUAAACUCAUUUUUGCCAUUCUUUGAUAUACUGAAUAUGGUACAAGGCAGAAUACAAAAAUUCAUUGGUGUUAAAUAAUACUGUCAGUUACUGUUCCACAAAGCUGGCAUAUCAAAUGUUUUAAAUAUUUCAAAUGUCAAAUGAGAAAUAAUAAACCUUGUUUCUUUAAA